AUGAUCUGUGAUUUUUCUGUUGUAAAAACUAUUGAAGAAUUAAAUGUUUUAAUGUUUUUAGCAAUGCGAUUGAUUGUCAUAUUUAGUGCUGAAAAAUUUAGGCUAUUUUUGGAUUGUAUUAUGGAAAAGAAAUGUCAUAUUGUUAUUGUAGGAGGUGGAAUUAUUGGGUCAACCACAGCUUACUAUCUCACACGUCAUCCUAAAUAUGAUUCUACCAAUAUAUCAAUUACACUUAUUGAAGGGACGGGUAUUGCAUCUGCUGCAUCAGGGAAAGCGGGGGGAUUAUUGUCUUUGGACAUGCAUGGGCCCGAGACAGCCUUACUGGGUAAGCUUUCUUAUGAAUUACAUGAGAAGUUAGCCGAAGAGCAUGAUGGAAAGAAUAGAUGGGGAUAUAGAAAGUUAGAUACAUUGGAAAUUACGUCUUCUUGUUCUUCCAAACAGGUAGAUGCGCUUCCAAAGACUCUAGGAUGGAUUGAUUCAAAUAAAGUUGACCACGUUUCUGUUGUAGGGACAACAUUUACAACAGCACAAGUUCAUCCGUAUCAUUUUACCAAGACUAUUUUUUCUUUAGCAGAAGAAAAAGGUGUUAAGUUGAUUCUUGGAACAGUGCUACCUUUUGGUCAUACGAAUACUGUUUCUUAUUUGCCUAAAGGCGGGUCUUCUGUAAAGACAAUUUAUGCGGAUUAUGUUGUUAUUACGGCUGGACCUUGGACUGGCCAACUUUAUCCUAAGAUUCCUAUUACUGGAUACCGUUCACAUAGCAUUCUUGUAAAUGUUGAUGUUCCUCUAUCUCCGCAUGCACUGUUUACAAAUAUCAAGUUGAAAAAUGGGCGGCCUGUAAGUCCUGAGAUUUAUGCAAGGAAAGACGAAUUAUAUAUUUGUGGAAAUUCUGACUCGUUUGCCUUGCCCUCUAGUGCAGAAGAUGUAGAAGUGAAUUAUGCUUCAUGUGAAACCUUAAAGACAUGGGUAGAUGAAUUAAGCACUCCAAUUAAGAAUGGAGUUGUUAAAAAGAUGCAAGCAUGUUAUUUGCCUGUUUGCACUUCAAAUACUAGUGGUCCGCUUAUUACUAAAAUAAGAGAAGGUCUUUAUUUAGGUGCUGGUCAUGGUUGUUGGGGUAUUUCCAAUGGCCCAGGGACAGGAAAAAUUUUAUCAGAAAUGAUUCUCGAUGGUGCAGUACUCAGUAUAGACUUAUCAAGCCCAGAUCUUUUCUCAGAAGGCUAA